UCCAUAGAGAGAAAAAAGACAAGUGUUCUCUACGACCCAGUGAAUUAUAGAACAUGUAAGGACGUAAGCUCUACAGCAGGCAGCCGACCACUGCUGCGGAUGCCCAACGGUCUUGUCGUCAUGUGCGACACAGAGACAGAUGGCGGUGGCUGGACAAUUUUUCAGCGUCGCGUCACCUUUGUCGUGGACUUUUAUCGGAACUGGGAGGACUACAAAAACGGGUUCGGAGACUUCGACGCUGGUGACUUUUACCUCGGCAACGAAAACAUUCACUGUAUGACUGUAAACAAAACGUACGAGCUACGGAUCGACAUGAAGUAUCUGGGGAAUAGCUACUACGCUGGUUACACAGGCUUUCUUCUGUACUCAGAAGCCGAUUUCUACAAGAUAUCCUUCAGCGGGUUCUAUGGGAACACGAGCGAUUCCUUCGGUGCAAUGAACAACAACAAACCUUUCGGCACGUACGACAAGGCUUACGAUAAGGCAAGUUUAAACUGUGCCACGACCUACCGCGCAGCUUGGUGGUUUGGUGGUUGUCAUUCGGCGCUUCUUAACGGUAACUACGGCAACACUGAAUACAGCAAGGGGGUCGAAUGGUUGGCCAUUACUUACUACUACAGCAGUCUGAAUUUCACUGAAAUGAAAAUUAGGCCUCGUGUGUAGGUCAUAGCCAGUUGAUUGUGAUAGA